AUGUACGCAGAAUCUUCAAAUGGCCAACCAAACAACCGACCUCCUCAAGGCCAAUUCCCUUCGAGCAGCCAUGGAUCUAAAAGGCGGGCGCCUCCACCUGAAGAACCAAGCCCCAUAAACACGACAAUCCCACCGCUUUCAGACUACAAUUCUUGGUAUUACCCCUCGCAAGGGUACGACUCUGACGAAGAAGACUCGCGAGUCGAGUAUAGGGACGGAAAUUGGGGACAUAAAGAUGCAAAAGGCUCUCGGUGGCUUCGUAAGGGCAAAAUUGCUGCAUGGGGGCCAGGGAUGGACGAAUGGGAGGCUCAAGAGCGAGCGCGAAAACGCCUCAAGCUCAUGCUGCCCCAACCUCGCCGGUCGCCUUCACCCCCUACAAUCCCGCAUCUGGCACGGUCACCGUCUCCACCACUCGUAUCGCCCUACCCACCGCCGCAAUCCACACACUUGAGCUACUCUUCAUUCGUCAUGGACAAAUCCGUAACCCACACAUUCCGCUCUCGCCUGAUGGACGAGCUUGAGCAAGCUACCAACGGCCUCAUCGAGGGAGAGGCGACGAUGCGGCGGGCACUAGGUCGACUUUGGCAAGUUAUGAGCGAAGAUCCUGACCUCAAACAUAAAAAGUCGUCGAUUGUUCCCAAGCGGGAGGAUGAAGAUGAGGCACAGGACGAUGGCGACGACCCAAGGACGCGACGAGUCGCGCGUGCACCCGACUUGACACCGCCCACGCACAAGAUAUUCCUGCUCUCGCAUGCCAACGGCGGACCUGCUCCAUACGAUACUUCGCAUUUCACCGCUCCCGAGAGGCAGAUGGAGACCCUCGAAAAGUCUUUGGCGACUCUGAGGGAGUUGCAGGAUGAUGGUAGGGAGUACAUGGAGCGGCUCCAGGAGAUCAGGGAAGGUCUGGGUGAUGUUCGCGCGCAGCGCAAUGUCAUUUGGAAUAUGGUUAGGGAGAGAGCGAUACAGGAGAUGCAGGAAGCUGCUAUGACCUUGGCUGCGCGGCAGAUGCACGCCUAG